AUGGACGGAGUAUCGUCAGUGGCGAGCAUUAUCGCCAUCGUGCAGGCCGGCGGCAUGCUCCUCCAAGUCGGCAAGGCUUUCCACGAGACCUUUAUCAGUAAGGACAAUGACCAUCGUGCCGAGCAUUCGUCGCUGCAGGUCGCUAGCAUAGAAGAGUUCAUUGAGAAAAUCGAGCUGUUCCAGGUCGUAAAGACCAUCUCGCCCCAAGUGAGCCUCACCGGCAAGCCACAGAAUCCUACGUUGAGCACGGCAACUACAGCAUCCACGGCAGCCACAGCACCUGGCUUAGACACCGUGUUGGAGCAAUGCAAGAUACAGCUGCGUCGACUGCAGGACAAGGUGAAGAAGUUCCGUGUGCCUCCCGGUGCAGGUAGACUCAAGCGCUUGGUCAAAACCAUCAAGAUGAAGAUGGAUGAGGCCGAGUUCGCUCAGAUCGACGCGAACAUCACAAUAUUACUUCAGCAGCUCACUCUCUACAUGUCGCUUGUGAAAUUCCAAAUAUCGAAUGAAGGUUUCGCUGCCAAUCAAGCGCACCACGAUGAGGUCAUGAGGAAAUAUGGCGAGAUAGAACAACGCUUCGAUGUCUUCGAUGACCUAGAGAGCAAUCAUCAGAGUACUCUACUCGAAGAACUAGGGAAGUUACUAGAUGGGCAGCUGGAGCUCAAGGCCCAGAUGGCUGCCUUUGAACAGGGCCAUCAAAUGAUCGUUAGCAGCUUCGAGAAGCUUUCGAUUGCACCUAAGCUGGAGCGGUCUUUGUCAGGAACCACCGCAGCGACCGACGAUGACGAACUCGAUGAUGAGGAGCUCAUUGCUCCGAUAGCGCCCGGGCUCAUGAAACAUCCCGGCUUCGGCUUUCGUAAAGAUCGCUUAAAGGAUCCCAUGGUGGGCAAAUUGGUCAUGGACGAGAUCGACGCGUGGCUUGGGCCGGCAGGUUUAUUACGACCGAUCCUCUGUGCUCGGAUCUCCGGCGACGAGCAUGCUACCCACGACCUCUGCAACAGGAUUGUCCAGGAGAUUGCAAGCUCAGGCGCCAAACUGCUCUGCUACAAUGGCCAACCGAGGGAUGGGCCCCCACCAGCGCCGGGUUGGUAUAGCAUGAGACAUGUUAUCUGGUGGCUGGCCGGGCAGCUACUUAUUCCUGUGCCGCAUCUUGACGGACAUAUGCCCGAACGUGCGUAUGUGCCCAACGUUGAAGCAGUCUGCGAGAGAAUCGAAAAACAGAAACAAUUCCCGGUGUUUGUUGUUUUCUAUCUGCUUACCAGGUCCUGUCCGACUGAAGUGGAUAGAAAGCUAUAUGAGCUGCUUAUAAGCAGGCUGAUUGACCUUGCAAAGGCCGGCAGCAUCAGGCUGCUCGUGUUUUCCGACGAUCCCACUGAUGAUAUCUUGGGGCGGCUACCGCCUGAAGUUAUCAUCACAGUCAAUGAAGACCAAGAAAAAGUUUCGCUUGCAGAUUGGGAGCCAGAAGUCGGUGAUGCUGCCGACCCAGUUGAGUGA